AUGUCAAGGGGUGAUUUUGCAGCCAAUUCAACAUUUGCUAAUCAACCGCCAGGUUAUGGAACGUUAGGUGGACAAGGAUACCUUCCCGGAAGAGGAAGAAGUACAUUUAAUACCAUUUCUCAAAACAUUUCAUCUGCUAUUGCUGAAAUAAAUAGAAAUGUUACUUCUCUCAACCGGCUCUCUAAGCAACUUGGAACUACUAGAGAUGGAACCGAUUUGCGUGUAAAAUUGCGUGAUAUGCAACAAUCGACUAAUGCUACCAUUAAUGAGACAACAAGAUUAGUUAGGGAAUCAUCCUCAAGUUUGGACGGUUUUGAAAAAGCGGAAAAAUUAAGAUUCGAUAAACUGAAGAGCGAUUUUAUGACGGCCGUUAAAUCCUACAGCACUUCGCAAACGAAAAUUGCCGAAAAGGAAAGAGCUACUCCUCUAUCCUCAAAGCGCAAUUAUGAAGUCACUCAUAGAGGCGAGGAUCCCUACUUGGCAGAAGAGAAACAAAGACUCGUCGAGGAAGAAGACAGAAGACAAAAAUUAGAUAAUUUAAAAAUGCAGCAGCAACAGUUAGAUGAAGAUACUGAACUCAUUGAAGAGAGAAGUAGGCAAAUUCAUGCGAUUGAGGCUGAUAUCAUAAACGUGAAUGAAAUUUUCAAAGACUUGGCUGUAAUAGUGCAAGAACAGGGAGAAGUAAUCGGUACAUUUUCAAGACAUUUACUAUUAAAAAAGUAG